GUUAAGUGCAUUAUUGAGAAAAUUGCUUAAAACAUAUGGCAUGGUGGAUGGUGGCACAAUGAGUGGGGAGCCUGAUGCACAAGCAGUUGUAAACCAGCUGCAAGAUUUAGCAUCUGACCCCUUAAACAGGCGAGCGCUUGUUCAGGAUCAGGGAUAUCUGCCUGGGUUGAUCCUGUUCCUAGGCCACUCAAAUCCUCAAGUUGUUUACACUGCAUUAUUGGCUCUGUGCUAUCUGGCAGAAUGCCGUACCAGUGGGGAAAAAAUGAAAAGUGAACUAGGCAUGAUGCUGAGCUUACAAAAUGUGAUUCAAAAAACAACAAUGCCUGGUGAAACUAAGUCUUUGGCAAAUGAAAUGUAUGAAAUUUUCCAGCCAUCGAGCAGCGAAGAUUCUGGCCACGCAAAUGAUCAUAACUCACAUAAAUGCAAACCACAGCUUUUCCUGGGAAGCACUAACAAACGUGCAAAAACAAUUACUCUAGAGACAGAUGGUUUGGAUGAUGCAUCGCAGAGAAAUUUGUGUGAAGAAGCAUUGUUCAAAAUUAACGGUGUAUUGCAUCUCAGGUUGCCACAGUGUUCCUAA